AUGAAGCCUUUCCUGGGUUUACAGGGCCUUCUCCUGCUUCUUCCCUUUAUGAAGACUUGUGCUGAUGAUUGGUCAGCCAUUCGUCUGCGAUGUGCCAAUCACUGGUUCUAUCUCAGGGUCAAGGCUACGCUAUUUCCCAAUAUUUUUAUGGAACCUGAUGAAGUAUUUUUAGGAUUUGGCUGCCCUGUGACUACCGUCUGGCCAAAUGAUGUCUAUGACUUUACCUACCGUACUUACUCCUGUGGCAUUGUCAAUAAAGUUCUUCAUGAUGUCACUCUGCUGGAGACUCAACUUACAUAUUUCUCAAAAAAUGCUUCUCUACGAGCUGAGAUGCGUUUGUCCUGUGUUCUGCACAGUCGGUCUCCUCUUUUCUGUGAAGCAGAAAGUAGAGGAGAUUUCACUGGUGAUCCUCCUGAAUGGGAAGUAGAUAUGAGGGUAAGAAGAACUGAGCAAGCUAUUCCGACGGUGCCACCAAACUGUACAACAUAA